AUGUCGCGCCCCGAAGACAUACUACCACCCGACCUCUUCUAUAAUGACUCCGAGUCCCGAAAAUAUACGACCUCCUCUCGUAUCCAGAAAAUCCAAUCCGACAUGACCCACCGGGCCCUCUCCCUACUCUCUCUCACCGGGCCCUCCCUCAUCCUCGACGUCGGCUGCGGCUCGGGGCUCUCAGGCGAAAUCCUCUCAAAUGAUGCAUCCCAAGGCACACCAGGCGGUCCCCACAUUUGGGUUGGCUUUGACAUAUCUGCCAGCAUGCUGGGCGUGGCGCUGGAGAAAGAGGUGGAGGGGGACUUGCUGCUCGCCGAUGCAGGACAGGGUGUACCGUUUCGCCCGGGUACGUUUGAUGCGGCAAUUAGUAUUAGUGCGGUACAGUGGUUGUGUAAUGCAGAGACGAGCGAAGAGUCACCUGCUGGGCGGUUGUCGAGGUUCUUUAAUCAAUUGUAUGCAAGUUUGAAGAGAGGUGGCAGGGCAGUGUGUCAGUUUUACCCAAAGAAUGAUGAGCAGAAGAAGAUGGUGUCGCAGGCAGCGAUCAAGGCGGGGUUUGGCGCGGGUCUCCUGGAGGAUGACAUGGGCACAAAGAAUGCGAAGACGUACCUGGUGCUCACCGUGGGUGGCGGGGCCCUGGAUGGAGAUAUCACGGGUGUUGUGCGAGGCAUGGAUGGCGUGGAUGUCAUGGAUGCACGGAGAAAGGCAAAAGGUAUGAAGCGGGGAGAGGAGAAGAAGGGGAGCAAGGCGUGGAUCUUGAAGAAGAAAGAGCAGAUGGAGAAGCAGGGCAAAGUAGUCAAGGCUUCGUCAAAGUACACCGGUCGCAAGAGGAGGAUACAAUUUUAG